AUGUAACAAUUACAUUGUUGAGUGGGAAAUUAUAACAUAACAUGUACAUUACUGUUACUUUGUGUUUGCUGGGAUUUGUCAAUGUUUCCAUAUAAUGAAGAACAAAUGCUCGAAUUGAAUUGUAUUUUAAAUAUAUUUGUAUUUUAAUUAUAAUAUGCAUAUAUCGUAGAUUCACUGUUAAUAUUGAUUCUUAGAAUCGCUAAUUGUAUAGGUAAUCAACUAGUUGGAAUAAUUCCAUUACAUUCUCAAAUUUUCUAUAUAUAGAAUAUAUAUAUAUAUAUAUAUAUAUAAAUUUAACGUUACAUUGGAUUGUUCGGAAAAUUCGUGCGGUUUUUUAAGUAAAAUUCAAAGACAAAUUUGAAAGAUCUUGUCGAAUAUUAGAUAUAUGGAGUGUCUCCGCGAUGUCUCGCGUCGUGUAGCAUGGAUUACUUUCAAUUAAUGCUGCAAGUUGGUCGUUAUCUACCGCUGAAGACCUACCUGAGCAUCCUUGGUCUUCGACGUUAAAAUCACCACGUUGAAAAACCAAUCACCAUAUGUGAAUAAAAAGAAGAGCAGAAGAUGAAAAGAAAACUUAUCUCCAAUACCUAUGGAAUGUACUACAAUCAUUUUGAUCUCAGUUGAAAGAUAAUUUAAAUCUCUAUUUCCAUCUUUUCUCCAUCUUUUUGCUAAAAAACGCAUACUUUCCUUGAUAUUUGUAAAAAUGUAUAAAAUAUAACAACAUACAUACAACGAAAGCUGCGAACAAAACUGUAACUACAGCGAUAGAGCUAUUUUUUUCUAAAUAAUAUAGAGUUAUCGCGGUAAUAAAAUCCGAUUUGCUAUAUAUUUAUUAUAAAUAAAGUCAACAAAUUAACAAUGCAUGUACGGACUCUGAACGCAUUCAAUAAAUAUAUAUUCAUAAUUACGCAGAUCGCAUUGCGAUUUUUAUCCAGCACGAUAUUGAGAUAAUCAUUCUCGUAUCGAGCGGCUUUCACGGCGCGUUGAAGGCCUGAACAUUCUUUCUUAGAAAUCAGUACGUAAUCGGCUCGUUUCGUUGGCGAACGACGCUAUUCUGUGUUUCAACGUCUGUUUCUGUUGCGUGUUUAAAACAUAAAUUUAUGUGUGUUAAACCAUAGUUUGAGGCAAACUUUAAUGCGUGACGCGAUUUAAUUCAUUUUAUUUUUGUAAAUACACAUAUUGUGCUUUCAAGACGGAUAAUUAUAUAUAUGUGCUAAUUAUAAAAAGGUAUACGCAUCGCCUACAAUUAUAAAUCAAAGAGGUCAUUUGUAAGUGUCGCAACGUCAUGGAAGUAUUACCUCCUCGGUACGUUAGCAUAGAAGAAGAAUGCAAGCGCAAUCCGGAGUUAAAACUUUCGGAUAUGGAAAUGUUGAAAGAUUGGAUGGACAAGCAACCUCAUCUACCAAAGAUCAAUAUGCUGUACUUGGUCAUGUUCCUGCACAGCAAUUAUUACCGUAUAGAGCCAACGAAACAAACGAUUGAUAAUUUUUUUACUGCAAGGACACAUACACCGGAAAUAUUUUCAAAUAGGGAUCCUGUCGCCCGGAAGGAACUGCGAAAGGCUUUCACCACUGCGUAUGAGUGUUGUUCUAUUAAAUUAUUACGAAAGAACAUUUUUAAACGAAAACAAUUAUUAAAACUCAUGAUCAAGCAUGAAAAAGAAUUAAAUCAAUGCUUUUGUUUGAAUAGGGCAAUCGUACCAUUAAAAUAUGAAACCAAGGAGGGCUAUAUUGUAACGCUUGCUAAAUUUCUCGAUCCGGACCCAACUCAAUUUGAUUCCCUCGAAUGUUCGAAAUAUAUGCUUAUGACAUGCGAGGUGCAGAAUAUAGUAAGAGGUACCAGUAAAGGACUAGUUGUCGUUCUCGAUGCAGCAGACUUAAGCUUCGGUCAUGUUGCUCGCAUGGAUUUGAUGAAACUGAAAAAAAUGAUGUACUAUAUACAGGAAGCUGCUCCAGUCCGAAUAAAAGCCUUGCACAUAAUAAACACUAUGCCUGUAGUGGAUAGAUUGUUUAAUCUGAUGAAACCGUUUAUAAAGACGGAACUUUUGGAUCUCUUGCAUUUUCAUUCGAGCUUGAACACUCUGAUGGAAUGUUUACCUAUCGAGGCACUGCCAAACGAGUAUGGAGGGAAAGCGGGUCCUAUUCAAGAAAUAGUUGAUGAACAUAUAAAAUUACUAGAAGAAUUUCGCGACUGGUUUCAGUACGACGAACGGGUUGGACGGGUAAAUGAAUCAUUACGAGUCGGUAAAUGUCACAUGACGGAUGGUUUAUUUGGUAUGGAUGGCAGUUUUAAGAAAUUAGAGAUAGAUUAAGAUUGGUCAAAUAAAAAUAUCUUACAUUGAAAUAUUGUUAAACAGAUUUUUAUAUAUAUAUAAUGUUCCCUAUUCGAACUGCUCGUAAAAUUAAUUACGAAAGCGAAUAAAGAUAUAAAAGAUAUUGCAAUAUAACUAAAUUGUUUGGUUAAUUUAAUUAUUAGGUUAAUGCAAAAAAUUGUGGUUCUUGCUAUUCACCUUAAUAAUAACAAAAACUGCAAUUAUUUUUGCACCAACCUAAUAAUUUAAGAUAGUUUAAGAUAGAUUAAGAUAAUUUAAGAUAGGUUGGAUAGAAUUACGCAAAUAAGUAUAACAGUAAUAUUGCAAUACCAUUUGUAUGGAUAAAAUAUAUUGUAUUGGGUUGUAACACAUGUUCGUUAUUAAAGAUAUUAAAAAAAGGGACAAAUAUAUGUUACAAUCCAAAAAUUUAAUAAUUGUUAUAUAAUUAGGUUGCAGAAUUAUGAUAGCUUAUUAUGCAUAUGAGCAUGAUCUUCAUUAAUUUUUAAUAAUUAAGCGGCUGUUUCCAUUGUUUGUGUCAUGUAAUUAGUAGAACCUUGACAUGUACACGAUUGCAAUAACAAAAAAGAAGUUUCUCAUAAAUAUUACGCGUAUCGCAACAUGUAAUUUCAUGCAAUGUCACUUUAUAAUUACGGCUGGUUUAUAACAUAAAUUAGACUUGAAUACCUGCAGUAAGAAAGCGCUUGUAGUUAUAUUUGAAAAACAUCUGAAUCAUUCUUUAUAUUUAUAUACUUAUAUUAGCUUCAAAGAAAAAUUUAUUGUUAUAGUGUCAUAUUAGUUCAAGAAUUAAAAUAUUUACGUUACUUUUAAAGAAAAGAAUAGUGUUAAAGGAUUUACAUAAAACAAAGUAUCCUUUAAACAAUAUAUACUCAGGUAUUAAAUAUUACGUUAUAAAGUAGUAGUUCACACACAUAUUGCUCUAUAUAUAUAUAUUACGAAUAUAUAUUGAAUUGGGCAAUCAUUUCCACAAUUUUAAGCUUUCAGAUGAUGUCAUUUUCCCAUCUUUCUGGCCGACAAAUUGCUCCAAGCGAAUUUUACGUGCCUUCAACGAAGACAACAAAGAUUAUUUCCAUUAAAAGAAUUCGAUGGUAGUUAGAUGAAUAUGACAAAUGUAGUAGAACAUUCCAGUCAAGCUGCACUAAUUUUUACCGAGUCUGUAAAGAGACAUAAGACCAAUUCCGCUCGCCUCUGGUCAUUUGCUCCUUUAAUCGGUUGAGUGCAAUAUCCAAAUAAAUUGUUUCAUUGUGCA